AUUUUGAAUCGUCUUUUUCCUCUUAUGAAAAUGCUGGGGAUUCAUUUGAAUCCCCAAUUUCUGUUUCCUCUAUUUCUUCUUUACUCAAAAUUUCAAAUCCAACUGUCUUUAUUCAUGCCUCGAAUAAAAUUAUUUCAAAUUUCGAUUCACCAGUAAUUCUUUCUGAACCUGCUUUCAAAGUUUCAAUACCUGAUUUUGUAUUAUCAUCCUCUUCGGAAAAUUGUUUCCUUAUCUUAUCAGAAAAAGGAAUCGCACUACCAAUCGAUCAAUAUGGGUCAAAUUUGAAAGGAAAAUGUAUAGGAAAAAGAUCGUAUCUUUCUCAUUAUCUCCUCCAUCGAUGCGACAAGAAGCGACACAAGAACUUUUGACGGAGAAUGAGCAGGACCCACUAUCAACCCAGAUCCUCAAGAAGCAGAGGCGAUAUGAAUUCAUGGAUUGGGAUGAUACUCCCCUACAACAUAUUCAAAACAAAUUAUCAGUAGAUAAAUCUAACAUCCGUAGAGGCCUAUCUCAUAUCUCCAUAUUAGAUAACUCUACUAUUGAUGUAAUUCAGACUCAUUCCGAGUCUUAGUUCUUUUGAUAAAAUGUCUUAUUCACAAAAAUAAAUAAAAUAAAGGAGUCCCUCCUCUAAAAUACAAGGAGCCCAAAAGUUAAGCCAUUAAGUAAUAAGUAUUGGGCCGAAGUACCCGUUAAAAGUCCAUUUCUCUAUUCGUUAAAAGUCCAUUUCUCUAUUUCUCUUUCAUUCUUCUUCAUUUCACAUUUCAAGUUUUCAGUUAGAGUGGGAGAGAGAGAUGAUGAGUCUUAUCAAUUCAACUAGAUAUCUUCAAUUCUCAUCUCUUCCACCAUUUUCUCAUUCUUUUUCUUUUUCUUCAUCUUCAUCUUCAUCUUCGUCUUCUUCUUCCAAUUCUGUAAUUUCCUUAACAAGGAAUUACUGCAAUGGAUUUCAUAAAGCUUCAAAUUCUGCAAAAAUACACUUACACUCUUCAUCCACGAAAGUUUGCUCUCUUAGAUCUAAUAAUGAAGUCUCAGGUACCACUACGGAGAGUAACCAAUCACUCGAGUUGAAGAAUAAGGCGGUGGAGGUCGCACCUGGGCUAAAAGGAACUAUAAUAUUUCUACUUGGCAUGAAAAGCACUAUGAAAACCAACUUGGGAAAAGUAUUAGCAGAUGCAUUGAGAUAUUACUACUUUGAUAGUGAUAGCUUGGUUGAGGAAGUGGCUGGUGGUGAACAAGCUGCCAGGGAUUUUAAAGAGAGUGAUGAGAAAGGAUACCGUGAAUCCGAGACUGAAGUACUCAAGCAAUUAUCAUCCAUGGGCCGUUUGGUGGUUUGCGCUGGAGAUGGUGCAGUACAGAGCUCAACUAAUCUUUCACUAGUGAGGUACGGAAUUUCAAUUUGGGUAGAUGUUCCCUUGGAAACUCUAGCUGCAGAAGUGAUUGAAAGUGGUGAUAAGGAUCCUUUGACUUCAGACGAGGUGACGGUGAAGCUAAAUCAACUGUACAAGGAAAUGAAAGAUGGAUAUGCAACAGCAGACGGAAGGAUCUCACUCCAAAAUCUGGCUUAUAAAUUAGGAUACGAGGACACAAACAAUGUGACUACAGAGGACGUUGCGCUAGAGGUGCUAAAGGAGAUUGAGAAACUAACAAGAGUGAAGAAGAUGAUGGAAGAAGCUGCAAGACCAUUUUGAGCCAGAGACUGAAGAUUUUUCAAAGAUGUCUUCUUCGCCGAACACUUCCUAGUAAGAAGCCCAUUUCCACUGUCAAGUGUUUUAUUUUAUGACCCUGUAAAUUAAUAAGUGGAUCUUGAAUUGAGUUGACAAGGAAAUCAACACAGUUACUUGUUUGUCGUAAAAUGUUUUUAAUGUUAUAGGCACAUAAAUGGAAAUAGAAAGCUUAGAGCAAGUAAAGG